GGUUUAUUAAAGCAGACGCACGAUUCUAGGCUACUUGAGUUUGAAUAAUAGUAAAUAUGAAUAUUUCUUUACUAUUUUAUAUUAGCGUCGUCGCUGUACUUUCGUUGGCCAGCGCGAAGAAAAAGCCAUGCGGUGCGGGACCUUUGGGUUUAACGUAUUGUGGUCAGAAAUGGGAAGAUAUUUUUGAUGACAGCAAUGAUAACGAUGACGAAGGUGAUGGUAGACGAUGUCCAAGUUGUGGAAAUCCAACUAAAGUUCGAAGUCGUAGCAAUGGAAGAGGGAGUGCUAACGGUGGCAGCAACAAUGCUGAAAGAAGUGAUGGUGGUAGUAGCAAUAUAGAUGCUGGAAAAAUACAUGGUAAAGGUUACAAUUAUGGUGGAAGCGAAAGCAGUGGAGGCUUUGCUGCUGGAGCCCAUCGCAACAGCAAUGGUGAAGAUAGUGGAAUUAGCUUUACUAUUGGAGCCCAAGAUGGCUUUAAUGUAGGCUACAGUGAUGGUAGCAUUGCUGGUUAUACUACUAGUGGGCAAGGUGAGAGCCUUCCUUCUGGAGGCCAAAGUAAAAGCUAUGGAAUAGAAAGUAGUGAUAAAAGUUAUAAUACCGGUAGUCAGGGAAGUAGCUAUGCUGAAGGGUAUCACAGUGCUGGCUUUCCUACUGGUGGUCAAAGUAAUAGUUAUGGUGUAGGAAGCAGUGAUAGUAGUUAUAAUACCGGUAGUCAAGCAAGCGGCUAUGGUAAAGGCACUAUCAGUGCUAGCUUUCCUACUGAAGGCCAAAGUAAAAGCUAUGGAAUAGGAAGCAGUGAUAUUAGUUAUAAUACCGGUAGUCAAGGAAGCAGCUAUGGUGAAAACACUAAGAGUGCUAGCUCUUCUACUGGAGGUCGAAGUAAUUUCUAUGGUGUAGGAAGAAGUGACAGUAGUUAUAAUACCGGUAGUCAAGGAAGAAGCUACGUUGAAGGCACUAAAAGUGCUGACUCUCCUACUGGAGCCCAAAGUAAUAGCUAUGGAAUAGAAAGCAGUGAUAGAAGUUAUAGUACCGGUAGUCAAGGAAGUAGCUAUGGUGAAGGCAUUAACAGUGCUGGCUUUCCUACUAGUGGUCAAAGUAAUAGCUAUGGUGUAGGAAGCAGUGAUAGUAGUUAUAAUACCGGUAGUCAAGGAAGCACCUAUGGUUUAGGUAGCAGUGGGGUUAGUUAUAAUACUGGUAGUCAAGAAAGCAGGUAUGGUGAAGGCACCAACAGUGCUAGUGUUCCUACUGUUGACCAAGGUAGCAGCUAUCGCAGCACACGUGAUGGUUACAUUGUAGGCCAAACUACUGGAGGUCAAGGUACUGAUUACGGGGACAGUACUAAUUGAUAUAAUAGAUUUUGCCUAACUGCGGAUAAUCAACGUUUGAAUGUUGGUACUGGAAGGGAAAAUAUAAAUGAAGUUCACGUGUUUUUAUUUGUUUUGUAUUAUAAAAUAAUAAUAAUCAUUAAAAUUUAAC